AUGGUUGAUACACACAGAAACUUGGCGCGCAAACGGGCGCGGGGCGGCGCCGCAGAGGCGGGCGGCGCGGCGGGCGGGUCGCUAUUCGGCAGAGUGGGGCAGCAGCAGCGAUCGGCGGGGCCCGUGGGCGCGGCGGGUCUGCGGGUGAUCAACGGCAAGCUGGUGCGCGCGGACGACGUGGGCGCGCAGCUGCGGGAGUUCAACCGCGCGCACGCCGGCACAGGCCGGCGGGCGCGGCGGGCGCGACGCGUGCCGCGCGAGACGCGCGCAGUGUUCAGCAGCAGCAACUACGACGACGGGGCUGGGCGGCGGCGGCUAGUGGUGUCGCUGCGCAGCGGUGCGCAGUUCCUGACGAUCCGCAACCUGCCGAUCGGGUCGCGGCCGGAGCGCCUGAAGCAGGUGAUCGAGGCGCAGGGCCUGGGGCGCGUGGCGCACCUGCAGACGCUAGACCUGGCGUCGGGCUCGGCGGUCGCGGAGGUGCACGUGGCGGGCGCGGACGGCGUGCGCACGCUGCAGCAGCUGGUGCAGCGCUUCCACGGCGCAGAGAUCGACGGCCGCCGCGUGACCGCGGAAAUAUCCAGCAUCUCUGAGUUGCAGCCACAGCCGUAG